UGCAUUCAAAAAGCUUGCCUAUCAAUCAAGUAACUAAACGAAGCGACACUUUAGUUUUCAUUCUGGACCUAGAAUUAAAAAAGAGACUGUUAGGAUACACUCACAAUGCUAACUGUAAGUCAAAGAGAUUCAGUGGAGUAUUGAGAGCGCCUUGGUGCAGCGCCUGUCAUCCCGAAAAGAAGGAAAUCACGGGACAGUCUUGCCCUAAGCUUCAUCAAGGAUCGACGACGUUUGCAACCAUUCCGCGCAGCAAAGCAUCAUCUGUUGACUCCGGAACAAGUGGGGGCGGAUCAGGAGUAUCCACGGGCUCCCGAGGCAAAGGUCCAUUAGCUUGGACGCGAUCGUUGGCGUCAAGCAGCAGCAGAAAGAGCGAAACUCCACGGCAGAAAAGAGCGACCUCAAUCGCCUCGGUUGAGGUGGGGGAGGAGGCCGCAUUAGUCCAAUCGGCCGUCGCUCCCCCUCGCAAACUUAAAGAGGACAGAUCCAAGUCUACCAGUUGCAACAAUGACAUAUCCGCGCACUCAAACACCUUGGAUAAGAUCGACAAUAUUGAGUUUAUAGACCAGUCUACCUCGCCUCAAGAUGUCUCCAAAAUUAGUAAAGGGUACCACACUUUGGACUCGGACAAUGACUUUAACGAGGCCAAGGCCAGCUCGUUUGAGGAAGAUGUGUUCAAAACACCACAGGGUAAACUGCAAAAGGCCAAGGUUAAGAGCAAGACGGCCAGUAGCAAGAAGAAGAAUAAGAAGGUGAAAACUCCAUCGAUAGACAUAACGGUUGCUGAGAUGCGAAAUGAAAAGUCACCCCCCAAAGAGCAUGUAACGACGAUUAAAACUUCGAAAAUAGACACGGAUACUACCAAAAUUGUUACCACUACUACGAGCUUAAACAGGUAUACGUUUAUGAAACUGAUGGACCAUGACAGUCAGCCGGAGAAUCACUUCGAAAAGAAAAUUCGGACACAUAGUUGCAGCAGCAUUCCAUACGAUAAUAUUAUUGAGAAUCUGGCUCCGUUUAGGAAACGAUUUUGCAACGUGCAGUUAUUUAAUGACAAGGAUGAGAAAGAACGACAAGAUAUCAAAGAGUCAGUCCCAAUUACGACCGAAACCGACUCGGACGUUCGCCGAAUCGUCGAGUCUGUCCUCGAUCAGAUUCUGGAUAUGGCAAUUGAGACCGUUGAAAGCAACCAAUUGUUGUACAGCGCGAAAGCGGAAGAAAGUAAAAAAGUGCCAGAGCUUUCAGUGGAACCGCCCCCGGAUCCAAAAGAGCCAGAAGAGAAGGAGGAAGAGGACUUCGAAUAUCAGUCCCGGAUACGGUGCAAUACCGGUGAUGUUUUAUCAAACUUGUAUCCCUCCAAAAUAACGCACGCACCCUCCAACGAUACUCUUAUAGAUGCGAAAAGUUUCGUUGAAGAUUAUGAGGAAUACCAUGAUUCCUGUAGCGAAAUGCCAGACUCUGAACUGGCUGUGGGUCAGAUCCUGAAUGACCUGGACGAAAAGGUGGAAAAAGCGAUAACAGAGAGGCAACGCCAAAAGCGGAAAAAAGACAAAUCGGUUAAACACAGAGGAGUAACGAGUUUAAUCCCAAUUGAGACCGAUUCGAACACGGAAGACGAUCCUGAAAUUCAGCAAAACGACAUGAGAUUGUUACAAUUGGGAGCGAUGUAUAACAUACCGAAAAACCUAUUCCAAAGCGCGGAAAUGACUGAGAUUACUGAACAGACAAUCGAUAGGCACGACGAAAACGCAGACAUUAAUCUCGAAGUUGAACAGCCGGUGGUGGUAAAUCUGAAGGAGCGUGAAGGCAAAGAAGACGAUGAUGAUGUAUAUCGACCUAUCGCUGUUAGCCCCGAUGGAAGAUUCUUUAAGUAUGAAGAAGAGAUCGGACGUGGUUCAUUCAAAACUGUGUACAGAGGCUUGGAUACGCAAACAGGAGUAGCAGUCGCAUGGUGUGAGCUCCAAGAGAAGAAACUGAACAAGGCGGAGAGACAGCGCUUUAGAGAGGAGGCAGAAAUGUUGAAAAAACUCCAGCAUCCGAACAUUGUGCGGUUUUACAACUACUGGGAGAGCUCUCUCACCAAAAAGAAAAACAUCGUGUUGGUAACAGAGCUGAUGCUUAGCGGGACCCUAAAGACGUAUUUGCGUCGUUUUAAGAAAAUCAAUCCAAAGGUUUUAAAGUCGUGGUGCCGCCAAAUUCUCAAGGGGUUGGCAUUUUUGCAUUCGCGCUCUCCUCCAAUUAUUCACAGGGAUUUGAAAUGUGACAAUAUUUUUAUCACGGGCACCACUGGGUCGGUCAAAAUCGGAGACUUGGGUUUGGCCACGUUGAAAAACAGAAGUUUUGCAAAAUCUGUGAUAGGAACCCCCGAAUUUAUGGCCCCAGAAAUGUACGAAGAACACUAUGAUGAAGGUGUGGAUGUAUACGCUUUUGGUAUGUGCAUGUUGGAGAUGGCAACCAGUGAAUAUCCGUAUUCGGAAUGCACCGGACCAGCUCAGAUUUACAAAAAAGUUAUAUCUGGCGUCAAACCAGCAAGUUUCGAUAAAGUCCAGAAUCCCGAAGUGAAAGACGUGAUUGAGAGUUGCAUCAGGCCGAUGAAAGAAGAUCGGCCUAAGGUGAAGGACCUGCUACAACAUGCGUUCUUUGAGGAAGAUGUCGGCUUAAAGGUCGAAGUGGUGUCGCAAGAAAAGAAAAGAAUUGUGUUUCGAUUAAGGGUUAUUGACCCGAAGAAGCGUACACACAAACAUAAGGAAAACGAGGCAAUUCAAUUUGAGUUUGAUAUGGAGACGGACAAGUAUGACGCUAUUGCUGAGGAAAUGGCGAAAUCCGGAAUAAUCUUUGAAGAGGACGCGAAAACUGUGGCUCAGCUUCUAAAGGCGCAAAUCGUGCAGAUUAAUAAAGAACGGGAAAAACAGGAGAAGCAAAACAAAGAGCAAGAGGCUUUGGCUCAGCAAUUACAAUAUCAGCAGUAUCUGCAGCAGCAAGCCGAGCAACAGCAACAGCAAAUCAACCAGCAACAGCAGCAGAUUAAUCAGCAACAACAACAGCAGAUUAAUCAACAACAGCAGCAAAAUACCCAGCAACAGUACCAACAGCAGCCGCAGUACCAACAACAGCAAAGCAUGAUCCAAGUUCAGCCCGACCAGCAAUAUCAGCAACAGCACAAUGUGCUUCAGCAGGAUCCCCAGCAUUACCAGCAACAGCAAUCGGUUGUUCAGCAGCAAAGUGUGCCUCCGCCAGACUUGCAGCACCAAUAUUCCCAGCAGCCUGUCACCCAGCAAAUUAUGCAACCGCCCCCGGAAAGCCAACCCCAGCAAAACAUUAUGUAUCAGCAACAACAGCCCACGCAACCCCAAACGCAACCGCCGCCUCAGCAACAGUUCACUGCUGUUCAGCCGCCGCCACCAGUACAGUCCCAGCAACAUCAAGUUCCACCCCAACAGCAUCAAGUUCCACCCCAACAGCACCAAGUUGCUCCUCAACAGCACCAAGUUCCGUCUCAACAGCAUCAAGUUGCUCCUCAACAGCACCAAGUUCCGCCUCAACAGCAUCAAGUUCCUCCUCAACAGCAUCAGGUUGCUCCUCAACAGCAUUCAGUUCAGCCACAGCAACAUGUUUUGCCGCCUCAGGCUCAGCCACAAGUGGUUACGGGUGAUCAGUCGCAAAUGCCGUCCCCGGCCACUGUUCAGUUGCAGCGGCAAACAUCGGUGGAACCGAAUAUGCAAUCACAACCCAUCGUCCAUAAGCAGGCGCCGUCUACACAGUUUGUUCAGCAGAAUUAUAUCCAGGAGGGAGUCGCCCAACAUGCUGAGUAUUUGCAAGUGUCCGGAUCUAAGCAAGCUCAUGGGCAAGAAAAUGCGGCACUAAAAUCGAUCUCCCAACCGGAGUUGUUACAUUCGGCGGCUGCCCACAGUGAACAUCGACUGAGUGUCGAUAGUCAAAUGGAAUUACAGCCCCAGUCGCAAAACUAUCAGCAAAACUACAUUCCUCAACAGCAAAGCUUCCAGCAGCCCCCUUCGCAAACUUAUCAACAGCCGAAUCAAACGUACCAAACGCAACAGAGUUUCAAUGACCAACAACAGCAGCAGCAACAGCAGUAUCAGCAAUAUCAUCAGCAUCCGACUGAGAUGGCGGCGCAACAGCAGCAGCAGUUUGUGCAACAGCAGCAACAAUAUCAGCAAACCCAGCUUUACCAGCCAUCUCAAACCUACCCACAACAGCAACAAAUACCCUGUCAGCAGCCAACGUAUAAUCAACAGUACAGCCAGCCACAGUCGCAACAAUAUGUGACUCCUCCGGUCGAGCAACAGCAACAGCCUCCUCAGUUCAUUCCCCAGCAACAGCCAAAUGUAGAGCAGCAAAUCUAUCAACCGCAGUACAUUCAGCCGGCCGCACAGAAUCAGCAGGUUCAGCAGCCGCAACAGCAACAGAUUCCGGUUCAGCAACAUAUCCAGCUGCAACAGCCGCAGGCGCCAAUUCCAUCCGGACAGCAGCAAGUUCCAGUCCAACAGCAGCAACCGCAACAAGUCGAUGUGGCGCAGGAUAUUUCGCAAAUUCAACAGUCUAUGGGACACAGACUGUCUACCACCGAGAUACCGCCGAUGAAUCUUGAGCAGCUGCAACAGAAAUUGGCAGCUCAAAGUCUCAAAGAUCAACAUCGGGCGUCCACCACAUCUUUACCACCGAUGCCCAGCUUCGAUCCGCCUCAGCAGGAUCAUCGAAGAAUGUCCACCAUCUCUCAGCCAGCUUGUCCCCAAGAGUAUCCUCAGCUACAGCAACAGAUUAUCGCUGAGGAAUUUGCUCAGCAAUCACAAGUGGAACCAUCAGCAGAAAAUGGUUUUCCGCCAGUUCAGAGCGAGGCAGCUUUAAAUACCGAACAGUUAGCAGUGAAGAUAAACCAGCAAUCGAGCGUCAGUCCUGGACAGAACGGCGAUGAUAUUGACUUGUCGGUAUCGGAAGCGGAUCAUUCAUCUUCAACUGGUGCCGAUCCAGAACCGAGCAAACGUCGCUCGACUAAACGAUCAUCUAUUCGUCACAGACUUAUAGUUGAUUCAGUUCACCUUGAUGGAACUGUAGAGUGUCGUUUGGUGUCGAAACAGCAAACUAUUAGUUUUAAAUUUAACCGUCUCGAUACAACUCCUUCGGAUAUAAUUGAGGGCAUGACCAAGCAGGAUUUACUCAAAGCUGGGCAGCAUGAUAAGUUGAGGUCUCAUCUUCAUGAGGUCAUGAUCGAGCUUAAGUUGAGGCCUGAUCAGAUUCCAGAGUGUGCUAGGUCUGGGUCGAGCGGCAGAGAAGCUCAUAAGGUUAGACACGCAUCACUUACAAGACACUCGCAUAAAAAGACACAUAGGCGACAUAGAUCUAGAGACGAAACAAGCAGCCAGACUCUCGUCAACAAGCUCGAACAGAACUCCAAUCAAGACGAUUUUCAGACCAUCAAAACCACGCUAGCGGAUAAUAUCUACCAGAAUUUAAGGUGCAGGGAAAGCUUAAAUUCGAGCGGUACUGUAUCCAGGAAAACAAGCACUGCGUCCGAGUACACGCCUGAACAUACUUAUGUGACUAAUUCAAAUAGUAGAGGAGGACAAAGUCUCGUAAAGCAAACCAAUGUUAGCUAUUCGAAUGAUAGUUGCUUGGUGGCUCCCCAGGAAAUUCCUUCUGCCGCAAGCAACAUGCAGCCAUAUCAAAAACUGGAUGCUGCACACGCGGUUAAAGAAGAUGUCUUGGAUCAUACUGAUGCUUUUAAGACAGAACUGGCUGAUAGUUUAAAACAAAAGGAUACUCCUUCUUUAGUGCCAGGACAAAAGGUGAAUCUCAAGGUGUUUGUGAUGAGUGUUGGCAAUAAUGAACAGAACUGCACGCCAAACGAAAGUGUUUUAAGUGCAGAGGCUGCAGCGGCUUCUCAAGCUGCUGAAGGCGAUAGAGUUGGAUCUGAACCGGUGGAAAAAAUACUUUCUGCUGCGGUAGAGGGUAACGAUAAAAAUGAUCUGCUGAAUAAAUCUUCCUUACUGUCCCCUCAAAGGAAAAUAUCGAGAUUUUUGGUCAGCCCUGUUUUGAGCGGCCAGUUGAACUUACCCAAAGGAAAAGUGUCCGAGAUGGAGAACAAAAAUCAGGAUCCCCCUGCAGGAGAAAAACAAUCAGGAACUGUUGCCAACCAACCCGAAAAGCCCGACAUUUCACUAUCUCAAAAUAACCGGCCACAAAACAUAGUGGAACAAGCACUGCCCGCAGGAAAUACACAGCAGCAAAUCAACGCAAACAAUGCUGCUUUCAAUGCCAAUCAAGUUCCAGCGGUAAACUCGCAAGUUCCAUCAAACGUUCAGGUGCCUGCAGGUGCACCUACUGUUGCAACACAUCCAGCCCAACAGACUUCUCAAGUUGAUAUUGCCGCAAACUCCGCACCGGUGUCGAUCCCAACCAGGAAAACUUCAGCGCCUCUGGAAACUACCAGACUGGAAGUCGAAAAGCCUCUGGAGCAGAAGAUUAGCGUCUGUAGCUUGAAGGAAGAGGGCACGAAAACGGAGACAGGUCAAGUAUGUGGUCCCGAACUGAUCAAUACGAUCGAACAGCUGAAAAUCAGCCUGGACAACUUGAAGAACAGCAGCCAUCCCAAAAAGGAGGAAGAUGCCAAGAAGGUGGCCAGUAAUGUGGAGGUGCCGAAACAAGUUCCUCCUGCCCAGACUCAGCCCGGUUAUAUUCCGCCGACGCAAGCCCCCGCUGUGCCUCAACAGCAGCCUCAGUUUAUCCCACCUACCACGUCUGUAAGUCAACCGGCCACCGCGCUUCCACAGUCGAUCCAGACAAUGCAAACGUCGACGACUCAAGCCACGGCUCAGCAAAUUCCGAUCAGCCAAACGCCUUCGGUGGUUUCUCAACAGAACCAAGGAGCCGGUUUGCAGCAAAACCAGGUAUCAAUGCCAAGCGCGGGCCAAGUGAUAAACCAUUCUCAGCAGCCACAGCAGCAAUACGUUGCGCCCACACAAAAUGUGCCGCAAUACACCCAACCUACACCCCAACAGGUUCCGGCUCAUCAAACCUCUGCAGUUCAAUACAGCCAGCAGCAAAUGGCGCAAAAUGCCCCAAUUGCGCAUGUAAAUAAUCCCCCAACGGGGCAUAUGGUCGCUUCGUCUUGUGAACAAGUCGGGACGAUGCCGGUUCAGCCAUCCUCUGCAGCAGGACAGCAGGGCUUUGUUCCUAUUCCAGGCAUUAAUGGACAAUAUGUCCAAGGUGGACAUCAGCAAAUGCUUCCAAAUAUGACGUUGUCUCAACCGACUGCUCCUGCCGUCACACAGCUAACUUAUCAAAACACUCCAGCUGGUCAGCAACCAAUGGCAGCCGUCCAGCCACAGCAGCAAACGUUAAUGUCGCCUCAACAGCAAUUGAUGACCCAUCAAGUCUCUGCUAAUCAGCCAAAUGAUGUCGUUUACCAGCAGCAGCAGCAGCAGCAGCAGAUGUUUGCCCAACCGCAGCAGAUGUCGGCUUCCGGAUCGGUGCAAAAUUUAGCAACGGCUGCUCAGUUGGCUCAACAACCCGCUGUACAUGGAGGCGGACAGUUUCAGCAAUCUAUGUCGAUUGACGAAAAUAUGCAGGGUUACGCAAAGAAAGUCGCGCCAGAUCUAAAGCACGUGAUUGAAAACGGUUCUAAUAGAACUAGUCAGGCAUCUACUCCGCAGCAGGAGAUUGUGUAUGAUGGCGCUUUCCAAAGGAAUCUUCACCAAAGGUUGUCCAGUAUUGGUCAGAAUGUUGGGCCGUAUGUGGCAAAUACAACAGCCCCUUCAAGUCCUCACACAUUAGUUACGUCCUUAGAGUUUCCACAAGAUGGAUCCACCACACUGCCCAACAUAAAUAAGCUUCGCGUUGAAUCAAGCAGCGCCCCGGUAAGUGGGAUAAAUUCAUCCGAAUUGUUAUCGCCAGUCUUAGAAGCAGACAAGCAAAUAUCGAAUAAUCAACCGGCUCCUGUAGAUGCUAAAAUAAAGGAUUUCAAUGAUCUGAAUGACCAACUGAAGAAGAUCAAUGAGAAGCAGAAUAUUGAGAGGCAACAGGAAACUCAACCGCCAUUGAAUUUGUUGGAAAUCAAAACGGUUGAAGCAAUAGAUGAGGCCAAGCGGGAAUUAAAAUUGGAACUGGAAAAGCUACAUGAGGCUGGAACUACCGUAAAUCAGACUCUUCAGGACUCAUCCCCAGACGCAGUAGGUCGACGGCCUUCCCAAGAACGACGAAUCUCACGCUUUAAAGUAAGCGUUGUUAACGAACCCGAUCGUAGCAAAUUGACGCCGCCCAUUUCGAUGGAAGCAAAACCGAUCUUUUCUGAGCAGCUCGUAAAACGAGAAAGCGAAUCGGCCAGUAAUAAUAUUGCUGCAGCAAUCCCGCCCAUGGCCAAUGCCAAUCCAGUGACGGGACAAAACAGUGAACACAAGGAAACAUCCCAUAUUCAGAUGGUUCAGACGAAGAUUUCCGGACAGUUUAGGAGUGGAGCCACUCAGGGCGGAAUGGGAGUAUCUGGACCCCAAGGGCAUGACUUCACUACAGUCAUUAAUACCACAUUUGAUUCUCUCAAGACUACUUUGGUUAAGUCAUUGCCUAAUACAGGAGAAGAACUGGCCACUACUGAGGAGGAGAUCUCACAAUUAAGGCAUCGUCCUACCACCGCAACCCUUAUCACGAGCGUCGCUCAACCAAUAGCCGUUAAAUCGCUAUUAAAUACCGUCAUAUCUCACCCUAAAACUAGCACAGCAAGUCGUCCUUUGCGAAAAUCCCUCAGCUAUGUAGACCUGAAACGGGAAAUAGAGAAUAUUCUGCCCAUUUGCAGCAAAAGCGAGGAAGAGAAUGUGCGUAGAGCCUAUUUCGGGGGACGUAGACAAUCAAAGACUUUUCGCCAAUUUCCCCAAAUCGUCGUAGUGCCCCCUGAAAGUGACUGUUUAACGUCCAGUAUGCCCGAUAUUCAUAAGUCUGUGGAAGAAUCGCAAAGAGCCGCUGAAAACCUUUCAGUAGUGCUGAAUAAUGUGUCGGAUAAAAACGCUUCGUGUCCUGAUCUUACUGAUACGAAAAUAUACAAGAUGCCCGAUAUGAGUUACCCGACCAUGUUGCUGGGUAGUGGGCAGGUUGUUAAGCCCAAGCCCAAUCAAGAGAGGUCCCGGAAAAUAAACACCGCUGUAGUGUUGGAAAGUCAGGGGUGUUUGAAAGAAGCGGCUGCCAAACGAACUGGAGGGCUUAAGAGGAAAAAGAGGAUUGAGACACCCACUGAGGUCAUAAAGCGAAACUGGAAAGUGAAACACUCCAAGUCGAUGCACAAUUUGCUCAAAGCAGUGUCCAAAACUAGAGUUAAGGAGCAACACUAUUAUACGAUACACUCUUCCGAUCAGUUCUCUAGAACUUCAGCAGAACGACUAAACACGAAUCAGCAUUAUGGAUCGUCUGAGAGUUUACCAAGCAUGAAUCAACAUCACUUUGGCUGUGGCAGGCAAUAUAAUUCCCAUUUCCCAAGACAUUCUAAUAGAACUACUGAUAACAUUACCCAUGGACAUUACUUAAAAUAUGGCAAAUCAGAUACAGCAUUUAGACCACCUCCGGCUUUGCAUCAUGAUUUCAGGUGCAGCUGCGGUUCUGCCCAACAAUUCGGCUUUAUGCAACGCAGCGUUUCGUGUCAAAACAUUACUUGUCCGGGCUUAAUAGACUUUCCCCGAUACCCGAUUUAUUCAGCAAACCCUAAUUUUCUGCCCCAUAAUCCCUCUGUGUUAUGUGCCUCAUGUGGCCAUAACUGGUCGAUGAGAUCCGCUACUGCUCAUGCAGGCUGUUGUGAAAUGGCCCACGUUGGAUCAGGCCCAAGUUGCGACUGUUCCAGGGACAAAAUUAAAAGGGUGGUCCCUAUUGAGGAAUAUUUGGAAACUUAUUUUGAUAGUGACAUGGAGGAAACUUUCGAAGAAAUGCUCAAUAGACAGAAAGCCGAACUGAACGCAUUAAUGGAAGCUCACAGAAGACAGCAGUUGGAAUAUAUGGGCAAGUACAAGAGGCAGAAAGAUCGAGGAGAUACUUAGAGACGUUUCAUCGGGGGAAUAUUGAAGAGUGAACGAAUACUACCAAGAAAAAUAAAAGAUGAUUAGUGAAAAAAUUGUGAGAAUGAAGGCUGUAUAAUCAUAAUUAUUGUUUAUAUUGUAUAAUAUUGAUUUAAAUGUCUAGUUUAUUAAUUAUAUUUGCUAAUAAUUUAUUUUUAAUAUCCUGUUAUUCUAGUUUAUUGUUUUAUUAUGAUGGAAAUAAUUGAUCAAUAAAAUCUUACUAUAGGGAUUAUUCAAUGAAGUUGCUUCUGAUCGAUAAAUGUGGAAAUUACAGGAUUCAAUCAACUGUUAAACAUUAUAUUACAACAAACAGGAAAUUAUAAUAAGAACUAAAAAAAUAAGUUGAUUUGUACUUAAAGCAAAGCGGUAUCAAUAAAAGGCAAAUAUAGUAAA